AGCAGGCCACAUGCUAGCAGUUGAAUUGUACGAGUCAUGGUUUAAGCACCAAAGGAAAACAUGAUUAAACUAUUUACAAUCAUUGUGCUUUUAGCUGUGGGGAUCCAAUGUAAAGUAAUACCGGACGAAGUCUCGGCUCCGAUAUCCCCAGAAGAACGAACAGCUGAAAAUUCCGAUAUUUCCCCAGAACAACGCACAGUUGAUAAAUCCGAUAUUUCACCAGAAGAACGAUCACUUGAUAAAUCUGACGAUGCAGCAAGCUACGUAGCCAAUUCAAGAAGUACACACGAAAAUUCUAGAGAGGGGACAGUAGAAGAAAAAGAAGCUAAGUCUAAGUCUGACACGUCGGAAGCGACUGAAGAACGUAGUGCUGCAGAAUCGGGAAGCUCGGAAAGGCACGAACGAUCUACCCACGAAACCAGCAAGGAAGGUAAGAAGGAAGAAACCAGGUCAGCAGACGUUGAUGAUGCAAAAGCUGCUAUUAGAGCAUCCAAUCCAGGAAAAUCUGCAGAAUCUAGUAGAACAGGCGUAAUCCCAUGUGGUAAGUGUGCAGGGACUUUAAGGAAUUCUAAAGGAAAUAGUGACUCAAGCCAAACUAGAUCAGGUGAACAUGAUAAUGCAUCGCCAGAAUUAAAAUCAGGAAUCAUCAAAUCUGAAACUGCUGAGAGAGAUGAUGCAUCACAUAUAAAUAUUAAAGAAUCGAGGCAAGCUCCUAAAGAAGGUAACAUAGAAACGCCCAGUCUACGAAGUGCAAGCGACGACAAUUCUAAAACCGGAUCUGGAGAAAACAAGAACUCUAAAAUAGCACCAGUUGAAUCUAAAGGCGCUAGUGAAGAUUUGCAAUUAAGAACUGCAAUCCCAGAAGAGAAUGUACGAACUUCCAUGGAUGCUGAACAAGACGCAGAAUUAUUAUCAGACGUUGGUGUUGAAUCGCUGGUGAGGUCUGAUAUUGAGGCUUUAACUGACAUUUCUCCAGUAAAGAGUCUCAGAAUCUUCCAUCAAAAAUCUCCUCUUCGAGAUGGUACGCCUGAUUUGCCUGAAACAGCAGCAGAAACGAGAAUGGCUCCACAAGAAGACUCGCCACUGUCAGGGCUGCAGGUUAAUUCUUUCGGUAACAGCGAGUCCGGUCAGUCCGAAUAUCCGUAUUCACCUUUAGAUAAUUCAAACCCCGAUAUUUCUAACAUGUUACCAUCGUUAUCUAACAUAAUUUCAAGAAAUUCUUUUCCAACUGGGAAUUCAUUCACUUCUUCGCAAAAUUCGCUUCCACCGAUUGAUGCAAAUAAAACAUUUAAGUUGCUGCCGUCUCUUUCAUCGCCGGAAAAAAAUGGAGGGUUUAAACCUCUGCCACCGCUGCCACCUCUGCAACCAAUGGAGCCCUUUAAGCCACUGCCUCCCCUGCGCCCUCUAGAGUGGAAUAGACUUCUUCCACCAAUGGAACCAAUGAAACCAUUUGAACCGCUGUCUCCUCUUAGGCAACUAGAAGUGAAUGGACAAAAUGAACCGCUGCGACAUCUUCCGCCGCUUGAACACUUCGGAAUAUUUAAACCGCUACCUCCACUUCGACCUCUUGUGAGGAAUAGACCAUUCGAACUGUUGCCACCGCUGCCACCGCUGCCACCUCUCGAACCGAUUGGAUCAUUUAAAUCACUGCCCCCUCUUCGGCCGUUAGAUCGUUUCGGACAAAUUGAAUCACUGUCACCGCAAGAUCAGAUAAGUUUAUUCAAGAUACUGCAGCACCUUCAACAAUUGCCUGUACAGGCUAUUCAAUCAAGAACACCUUUGUUUAAUCCUUCACCAAGCAUAUUUUCGGUGUUACGGCAAGCCGCGCCUGAAGGUUUGCAACAGAGUUCUGAAGGGUUUUCUAGAACUUGGCACCAUGCUGUAUCGACGCCUACUACAGCUAUGAGUUUUUCGAGAACGGUUGAAUACCAGUAAACUUUCAUAAAGUUAAGUGAAUUCCAUGUUAUUUUUACCAUUUGCAUCAAAUAUGUAUUCUAAGAUCUUGAUUAAGUAGAAUAUUGCGUGAGAGUUUAAUGAUACUCUAUAUAAUGUUAUUAAUUUUACAAGUAAGUAAGUAGGUACAUUUUUAUAUACUGUCUUUUAUAUAAGAUAUAAUAAAUAUAUUUUACAUUAGCUAGAUAUUAUUUAAUAAUGUAUUUUAAAAAUCAGAUAGGUUACGCUGGGCAAGGUCAAUCAUUAAUAUAUAAAUAAUGAAUUACGGCAUUUCACUUUGACCUCAAAA